AUGUCUCAAGAUGGGAACGAUAUUCCAAUACGUGUUACACAUUACAUCAAUCCUCACUGUUUUUGGUACAAACCAGAGACAGCUUACAUGCAGGAUCUUGCGCAAGCACAAUUUUCUGCUGUUCUAGAUGAGCACUGUGAACGAAUGUAUGGAAAUCGUUAUGAAGUGAUACGGCAACCACAGGAUGCGAAAGUACCACUACCUGGUGAACUAGUGGCGCUACGUUGUAAUCAACUUGGCCGUUGGAUUCGUUGUGAGAUGGAAGAGUUGGUGGUUGAUUUGAGUGAUACUGCGUGGUACCAACUGUGGGCCUUAGAUGAGGGGUUUCCGGUCAAAUCUGGCACCAAAUAUAUUCGACCCUUACCUGAUGCCUUCAAGCAGGAGCCAGCACACGCAAAACGAGGAGCUAUAAUGAAUAUUUUACCUGCCGAUACGCGUUACGAUUACAUUAAUGCGAAGCAAAUACUGGAACCAUGUCUACGUUGGUGUACGGGAAUAGUAACCACGCUAGAAACAUUGCUCGACGAUGCGGUCAGCGUUACUAUAUCGCCAAAAGCCACCAUCGUUUUGCACAAUGAAACAGUCCAUUUUGGCCAUUUAUAUAUUACAACACAUCAGAACAUUUCGUAUAAUAUAGUAGAUUUGCUUCAGAAGGCCUGCUCCGAUCAGCUAGUUGCAACUUCUAACGAGGAAUAUUUUCGAUAUAUAUCGACGUAUCAACCGUUAAAGAUGAAGCGAUACUUGAACAACGAGGGGAUUGAUAAAAUGGCUCACCAUGUCAACAACUUCGAUUCUCAUUGGAUUCACAAAUCAACGCAGCCAUCUAAAUCUCCUUGUGCUCCAAAGAGCAUACGAAACCAAGAUACCAUGCUAGUAGAGCAAAAAGUUAAUGAAUGGUUGAGCAGAAACAAGAAAGCAUGUGAUGUCGUAUUGCAAAAAGAAAAAGUCGAAAAAGAUCAAACCAAACAAGCAGGGCUUAUCAAUAGUAUUCCCCACGAUAUUAUAGAGAACACGUGCAGCGGUAACGAAGAUUUCAAUUUAAAGAAUUUAAAAACACCUUUUGGGGAGUCUAUGGAUCGGAAAAUUACACCGCUCCAUCGUGAACAAGCCAUGGGACAAUCUUCAUCGUCGGUUACAUUUGCAGGUCGAAAAGCGUCAUCUAUGCUAGGAAGUAUUAAACGACAUCCAAUCUAAAACAAUAUUGACAAAUGAGAAAUAAUACCU